UGUUUUUGUUUCCCUCCCAGUCGCUAUUCACACACUCAAUCACUGCUCAACAAGUGGCUCUGUACACUUGUGACUUUGGACAGAAAGAGUUGUGGUUGAAUUUUUUUCCCCUUCCUUUUUAAACACAGACUGAACGCGCUGAAAUGCUGAACAUUUUAUGACACCUGUCUUUUUUUUGUUGUUAAAUUUUUGUUUUUUGGUCAGGCAGACGAGGCUGGCGCUGCUGCCGGAUAGCAUGUGGCAAUAAGCUGCACCUGCGCAAGAUUAGCUUCACCCGCGGGGAAAACUUCUGAACGAGUUUGAUUCCCGACCUUUUUUUCCAGCUCAGUUUUAGGGUAAGUGCUUCUUUAUUCGAGACCGUCACGAUGAUGUACAGCAUGAUGGAGCACGAGCUGAAGAGCACGGGGGUCCCGCAGAACCCCCACCCCGGCGCGCAGGUGCUGCAGGCAGGUGGCGGCUGUGGAAACGCGUCCCAGCAGCAGCAGCAUGCUCAGAAGAACUCCUGCCCCGACCCCAUGGACAAGGUGAAGCGGCCCAUGAACGCCUUCAUGGUGUGGUCCCGGGGCCAGCGGCGGAAGAUGGCCCAGGAGAACCCCAAGAUGCACAACUCCGAGAUUAGCAAGCGCCUGGGCGCCGAGUGGAAGCUGCUGACCGAUGCCGAGAAGCGCCCCUUCAUCGACGAGGCCAAGCGGCUGCGGGCGGUUCACAUGAAGGAGUACCCGGACUACAAGUACAAGCCGCGCCGCAAGACCAAGCCGCUGCUGAAGAAAGACGCGCCGCCAGGCAAGUACCCGCUCACCACCGCGCAGGGCCAGGCGCUCAGCCCCAGGAUGGACGGCUACGGGUGGGCUCCUGGAGGAGGCUACACCGCCAUGCAGAGCGACGCGCUGGGGUACACUCAGCAGCUCCACCGCUACGACCUCAGCGGACUGCAGUACCCCACACACACUUACAUGAACGGAGCCAACUCGUACAGCCCAAUGUCCUACAGCAGCAGUCCCCAGCAGCCCAGUCCAGUGAUGUCCAUGGUCAAACCAGAGCCGUUACCCCACUCCCCCACUGGAGCCUCAAACCACCACCGUGGGGCCAUUCAGGGCGACCUUAGGGACAUGAUCAGCAUGUAUAUCCCCGGAGGAGAUGUAGGGGACCCUACAGCCCAGAGGGGUUACCCCAGUGUCCAGCAGCACUAUCUGGGCAGUACUGUGCCCCUCACUCACAUCUAAGGGUGGGAGGGGAAAAGCAAGUGACUGGGACUAGCUCAGCCGGAUCAUAACGUAGGCUUGUCGUGCAACAAGUAAUCUGCAUGGAUUCUUGGUGGACGUUCUGAGCAGCCGUUGCACAUAGGAUCAUGUUCUACCUCUGAGUGAUCGCACCCCCUUUUUGUUUUGAAACAGUAGAUUUCAAUCUGUUAACAACCCCCUGCCCCUGUGGCUUCUCAUUUUUUGGGCCCAGAAUAUUGCCGUUUAAUGCAGCUUGCAGGUUCUUCCCAGAGGAAUUUCUCAGGAAAGAGUGGUAUGGCAAAUAAUUUGUAGCUUAUUCGUGACAUUCAAAAAUCCAUCAUCCAAAAUGUGUUUUAUUAUUGGACAUUUCUCCUGUAUAUGAUCAGACUCUCAGAACCUGACAAUGUGCCUUUGUGCGCUGUGCUUCAUUAACAGGGGUUAAGGUCAUUCAUGCAGUAAUGGGCAAUCAAAAACCAAACUAGGGUAUAGAAACAAGGACAUGGGCACACUGGAAAUGUUAGCCAAUCACCGCCCUUAUAGCCAAUGCUGUACAUGUCAUGUGACCUUAUGGCACAUGGCUGAACUACUCCUGCCAUGUGAAACUACUGUGCCCUGGGAAACUGAAAUAUGCUUGGUAAACUAUAUGGUUAACAUGAGCCAUUUUAGUGCCUUAUACCAGCAGUGACUUAAGGUAUGGGUUGGUACAGUUUGUGGAAAUAUGAGUUUGAGAAGGAAAAGUGUGCUUUAUGAUUAGUGUUGGAAGUGCCCGUACAUCGGGGACACUGGCACAGUUUAACUUGGUUUCUGCCUUUUGUUAGAGUGACAGUUAGAGCAAUCACAUAAUGGCUAUUGCUUUAUCAUACCAAAUUCUUUUGAUCAUGGAGAGUACCUUACUUUUCCACAGCACCCUUUUAAUAGAGUAGGCUAUGCAUUGGUUGCACAAAUGUACUAUCAAAAUAGCCUUAAACAGUAGACUCAUGCAUUUCAACAGGAAACUAAAAAGCAAUAGUGAUGUCUGAACAACGUGUUUUUCAGUGUGAGACUCUAGCACUAUGACUUACCCUGUAAUUGCUGAUUUUUUUUUUUUUUUUUAAACCAAUCAAUGCACUGAUCUUUACCCUCUAGUCAAUACCAAGUAUUGCCUUAGAUCAAGAAUUUCAUUUUUCUUGAGUCCGUUUGAGAGGACUCACUCUCACUUAGUUGUGGGAUUUAGAAAAUGAGGGUGUAUCUUUCAGAAUAACUUGUAUGUCCUUUGGGCGAAUGAGGAGCCAGCUUACUGCUUUGUAUAGCUAAUGCCAGAUUUAACAGAAUCUGAAUGCCAAAAGUGGUACGCAGGUGCUGCUAAGUGCAGAAAGAGCUGAAGUGUAUUGCUUUUUGUUUUGUUUCUUUGGUUUAACUUGAGUCUACCUUCAGUCUAGCGUUUUUUCAGUUCUCUGUACAGUUUUAGUUUAGGAAUCUGCUAGUCACUAAUGAGUUCAGUUUUAAUGUUGUAAUUUAUAUGAAAGUAAUGAAAUGAGUGAAUGUUUACAUUUGCCAUCCAAGUGAGUGUACAACUUGCUGUUUUGAUGUUUUUUUUUCCUUUUUCUUUUAAGUGAAUGUUUUAAUAAUGCUGUUUUGUAAAUAGCCUUUGUACAGUUAAACUUUUUAUGGCCCGGUGAGGGUCCCCUUUUUUUCGUAAAACAAAAAAACUUAAAAAAAUAAAUGUAAAUAAACAAAUGAA